AUGGACAUCGGCAUAGUUUGUAAGAUUCUCAGCAGCGUUUUCUGUCAACGGGACGAAAUAAUAAGAAAUGAUUUUGACGGACCCUACGAAGACGGCUCCUUCAAAUGGGCUAUACAGACUGAGGGCGGUAUUUAUCAUGAACAGCGAUCGACGCCUCGCCAACAAGCGCCUCUGAUUGAAGGACAGUAUCAGUACAUUGCUCCGGACGGACAGGUGAUCCGUGUGUUGUACACAGCUGAUGAGUUCGGGUUCCACCCCUCGGGAGAGCACCUCCCCACCCCGCCGCCCAUCCCCCCGCAGAUACAACGAGCACUAGACUACGUCGCACAACUCAAAGAUAAUAGGAUUUAA